AUGCAAAAGUCAAGUGGUAAUCCGCAAAUCGACAAAUUCAUAAAGGAUACACAAGAUCGUAAUGAAAAAGACAAGACAAAAUUGCAAAUUGAUUGGAUCCCUUUUAAAGAAUUUAAGAAUAUCAAGGAAUUAAAAAAAGGCGGUGAAGGUGUAAUUUAUACUGCAGAGUGGAUAAAAGGUCCAGGUCCUACAAAAACAGUUGCUUUAAAAUGUCUUUAUAACUCUCAAAAUAAUAUAUCUAAAUUACUUGAUGAGAAUGAGGCUACCAUAGAUAUUAUAACCGAAAUAAUGAAGGGCGGGAGGCCAUAUAUACCAACAUCGUCAUCAUCAAAAGAAAAGUAUAAUAUACCAAAAGUAAUUGCUGAUUGUAUAAAAAAAUGUUGGGAUGAAGAUAAGGACAAACGACCUGAUAUCGUAACACUUAAUAAUUUCUUUAAAGAUUUAUUGAUUAUUAAUAAAGAUUAUAAAAAAUGGAAACCGUAUCGGGAGAAAAAUGAUGGAGAUGACGAUGAUGUCGAGAGUUGUUGUAAUAGCUGUCGUGAAAUUAAUAUCACUGAUUAUGUCACUACUCAAUGGGAUUUAACAAUUCCUGAAAGAGUGCCUUAG